AUGUGGCCUCCGAGACCUGCUCUGCCGUCCUAUGCAUCUUCCUCGGCCAACCUGGCCCAUUUGGCUGCGGAGAGACCGACGAGCCAACCUGCGACGCAAAUGGAUGCCGACGCCGUGGACGCCGAGCUGCCUGCUAGACCGACGAGUCAGCCUGCGACGCGACUGGAUGUCGAUGCUGUGGAUGCCGAGCUGCCUGCUAGGCCUGCUCUGGUUCCUUAUGCGUCUUCAUCGCCCAGCUCGAAUGAUAAAACCGUUCCAGCGGUUGAGGAAAGCAUCUCGAACCAACCUGCGACCCAGCCGAUAGCCGAUUCUGCGCCCAGCGUUUCAUCUGCUCGAGCUCGUCGGUGGGCUUCUUCGUCUGACGGGACGUGUGACUUCAUGGUAGCCGCAGGAACCAUGCCAAAUGAUCCAUUAUCCACACCCAUAGCCAAAGGAGACAAACCACUAGACCCCUCCACCAUCACGCGUAUUCUACCCUCUCCAGAAGAACUCGAACAACAUGUACCCAUACCACGCGUUUCCAUACCCCGUAUAUCUAUCCUAGCAUCCUCCGACCCACCCACCGCGACUCCAACGCCCUCCGAGCCUCUCCCACCUACCAAAGGCACCACCGUCCCAACAUCCACCGCCUUUGAGACCCCUACACCGCCAGCGCCCCCAAUCCCCAGCUCGCUCCAAGCGCUCUGGACGACCCUAACCGGCGACCAGCGCAUCCGCCUGAUCACCGCCUGGCUCGAAAUGGCGCCGACACCACAGCAACGGGCUAUCUUCCGCGCACUCCUCGCAAACCAUGUCGAGCGCGUCGAGCAGUUGUCCUUCGCCUACAUGACCAUCGCAUCCAUCGAAGCCCUCGACCCCACCCUAACCGUCACCCAACUCCCGCCUCAACCCCACCCCAGGACCCUCGUGCACCCCCCGCAAUCCCCCAACCUCGUCGACACGACCAUGCUGGACGUCUUCACCCCCUCCCCAACCGCCACCGCCUCAGCCACGGCUACUCAACCCACCACCUCCACCUCACCGCGCACCUCCCCGCCCCAACCUCACCUCUCCCGCUCCCACUCUCACCCCCCAUACACCCUCCUCUCCCCCCCGACACCGCCCCGGCGCCACUCGCGCUCGCGCUCGCACCCGCAAUCCCCGCCCUGGAAAGCGUACCGCGUGCUGGGCAUCUACCCCUCGCGCUCGCCGUUUGAGCCUAUCCGGUCUAUGCGCGUGGUGGAGGAAACGGAGCUCGGGGGCUAUUUCGACGGGGGAGCGUCGAGCACCGGGCUGGACGCUGAGGCGGGAGGGUCGAGGGUGAGGCUGCGGCUUGCAGGGACGAGGAUGGCGAGAGAUGAGAGCGGCAGUGGUGGGGAUAGCCCUUCGCAGCAGAUUUACGGGGAGGUGAAGAUGAGGGAAAGGGGGGAGGAGGGGCCUGAGGCAGGGGAUCAAAACGCGAGUCCGCAGAAGGAGAUGGUGGAGGAGUGGUCGAGUCCCGGGGCUAUGAUACCGAUAUCGCUAUCGUUGGGGGGGUUGGUGUGGUGGUGA